AUGUCUGACCUACAUGUCGCAUUGAGUUUCUUGCAGAACAAUACUGGAUCAAAUGCUGGGCCCGAAGCACUCUCGGCGGGCGGCUUGUUCCUGUAUGAAGUCCAUGAGCCUUUGCUGUUUCAACAGCUGAUGGUUAGGUACUCAAAGAACGCAAAGCCAAUCAAGGGUAUUCGAAUAUCUUGUCUCGGAGACAUUCAACAUCUACGCAAGGAAGAAUAUCAAGUCGUCGAUAUUUUACCUAAUCAUCCUAUAUUCCACGCCGAUCAGCCAGAUCCUCAUGCUGCCGUCCUCAAACAACUUGGGAUUCCACUCAUCGCUCGCAAGCUCAUACCCGAUGAGGAUUUACAGCCAAGAAAGGGUCUGCGGAGUAGGGUGGGCUACGAAGUUCUGGAGAACGAGGUGGCAAUUGCUUUGAACCUCAUCACUGAUGUCAAUGGCCACCGGUUCAAUUUUCCCGAUCUUGGUGCACAUUGGAAGAAGGUCGUAGGACCGGUUGUGCUUGUGAGAGAAGAUGGAAAAAGACUCACAAUCCACCAAGUGCAAGCAUUGGUGGCUUUGUGCAAGCACAAGGUCGACUGGAAUGACGCUUUGUGGAUGGCUAUGUUGACUUUGGGGACGGAAAGGCUUGAUCACUUGGUCUCAAUCGAGAUCAGACAGAACGAAGUACGCGAAAUAAUGAAAAAUGACGAAACGCUCAAGGCGCAAUUCCAAGAAUUUUUUGAAGAAUUCAAGCGGGAGAAGAUUAGUGGUGACGAUGAGGGCGAAGUUGAUGGGGACCCAUCUUGGGCUGAUGAAGCAUCACCAUAUGAUGUAUGA